GCCCAGCUGGUGCCCGGCCGUGGCUCCGAAGCAGCUCUCGUCAGCGAGCCAGCCAUCGAGAAUGCGACGGAGGGGAAGUGCUGCUUCAACGGGUGCGGCGACGAGGGCUCGUGCGUGACGGGCUACUGCGCCUCGCUGGAGCUGUGCCUGAAGCCUCAGCCCGAUGGCGGCUGCGACUCGUCCCCGCCUUACGGCCAGGGGGCCAAGCCCAGCUGGUGCCCGGCCGUGGCUCCGAAGCAGCUCUCGUCAGCGACGCCAGCCAUCGAGAAUGCGACGGAGGGGAAGUGCUGCUUCAACGGGUGCGGCGACGAGGGCUCGUGCGUGACGGGCUACUGCGCCUCGCGGGAGCUGUGCCUGAAGCCUCAGCCCGAUGGCGGCUGCGACUCGUCCCCGCCUUACGGCCAGGGGGCCAUGCCCAGCUGGUGCCCGGCCGUGGCUCCGAAGCAGCUCUCGUCAGCGGCGCCAGCCAUCGAGAAAGCGACGGAGGGGAAGUGCUGCUUCAACGGGUGCGGCGACGAGGGCUCGUGCGUGACGGGCUACUGCGCCUCGCGGGAGCUGUGCCUGAAGCCUCAGCCCGAUGGCGGCUGCGACUCGUCCCCGCCUUACGGCCAGGGGGCCAUGCCCAGCUGGUGCCCGGCCGUGGCUCCGAAGCAGCUCUUGUCAGCGACGCCAGCCAUCGAGAAUGCGACGGAGGGGAAGUGCUGCUUCAACGGGUGCGGCGACGAGGGCUCGUGCGUGACGGGCUACUGCGCCUCGCGGGAGCUGUGCCUGAAGCCUCAGCCCGAUGGCGGCUGCGACUCGUCCCCGCCUUACGGCCAGGGGGCCAUGCCCAGCUGGUGCCCGGCCGUGGCUCCGAAGCAGCUCUCGUCAGCGACGCCAGCCAUCGAGAAUGCGACGGAGGGGAAGUGCUGCUUCAACGGGUGCGGCGACGAGGGCUCGUGCACGGGCUGCUGUGCCUGAAGCCUCAGCCCGAUGGCGGCUGCGACUCGUCCCCGCCUUACGGCCAGGGGGCCAAGCCCAGCUGGUGCCCGGCCGUGGCUCCGAAGCAGCUCUCGUCAGCGACGCCAGCCAUCGAAUGCGACGGAGGGGAAGUGCUGCUUCAACGGGUGCGGCGACGAGGGCUCGUGCGUGACGGGCUACUGCGCCUCGCGGGAGCUGUGCCUGACGCCUCAGCCCGAUGGCGGCUGCGACUCGUCCCCGCCUUACGGCCAGGGGGCCAAGCCCAGCUGGUGCCCGGCCGUGGCUCCGAAGCAGCUCUCGUCAGCGACGCCAGCCAUCGAGAAUGCGACGGAGGGGAAGUGCUGCUUCAACGGGUGCGGCGACGAGGGCUCGUGCGUGACGGGCUACUGCGCCUCGCGGGAGCUGUGCCUGAAGCCUCAGCCCGAUGGCGGCUGCGACUCGUCCCCGCCUUACGGCCAGGGGGCCAAGCCCAGUUGGUGCGUCUGGUGAGUUCGCAUGCUGGGUACAGUCGGUAAGAUUUUGUGAUGUGUGCAUGAAGGGAACAUGCAGCAGCUGCCCUACGUACAGAAUUGCCUAAUACUCACGAGCGCAGCUGCUGUGAUAGCGCUUGCAAAGUCCUGCAUGAUUUUGCCAUACAUGCGUGUCAGAGGAGUUCGAUACCCAGUUGUUGCCAGUGUUGCUCCAAGAGAGGGCAACAACUGCAUACAGGAAGACCGCAGGUAUCCAUCGCAUGUGGGGCAUUUCUUCAGUGGCGGAAGAGCGCAAAUACUUACAAAAAGUGAGGGGCGAAGGACUGC